UGAAUCGGACAUCGCCACUGCUCAGUGUUCACAACAAGAGAAGAAGAACAGCUUCCAGCAUCAUCACAGCAGCGAAAACAUCAUCUGUAGCACAUCAUUUCAUCUGACCGGUAAAUGCCUGAAGACUCAACAUGGUGUGCGGAGGAUUUACGUGCUCGAAAAACGCCCUCUGUUCACUAAAUUUAGUUUAUAUGCUGGUGGGUCUCCUGCUGAUUGUCGUAGCAGCAUGGAGGAAAGGCUUUGGCAUUGUCUCCAGCAUCCACAUAAUCGGCGGCGUGAUUGCCGUGGGCUUCUUUCUUCUGCUGAUCGCCAUUGUGGGACUCAUUGGAGCUGUCCAUCAUCACCAAGUCAUGCUUUUCUUUUACAUGAUCAUUCUCUUCAUUGUGUUCCUUUUCCAAUUUGGGGUUUCCUGUUCAUGUCUGGCCAUGAAUCAGGGUCAACAGGAGAAGCUGCUGAAUUCAUCCUGGGGAAUAAUGAAUAACGACACAAGAAUCAGCCUUGAGAAGAGGUUGGACUGCUGUGGCCUGUUCAACGAUACGCAGAACCAGGGAGUGUUUGUGUCUGACUUAGACCUCUGUGAUGCUCCAUGUGUAAAAAAGAACACCUGCCUCACCUGCGGCGAAAAGAUGCUCCAACAUUCAUCAGAAGCUUUGAAGAUCCUUGGAGGAGUCGGCCUCUUUUUCAGCUUUACAGAGAUCUUAGGACUUUGGCUGGCCAUGCGCUACAGAAACCAAAAGGACCCGAGAGCGAACCCCAGUGCAUUCUUAUAGUCUCUCAGACCAGCUAUUCCAGUUCCCCUUUGCACAGGUAGAGUGGAGCGCACCAAGAGACAUUUAGAGCAUUAAACCCAGAACACAACCACUGAUCCCCACAACAAACUCUCAUCUGCACACACGGUUCAGAACACACUUGAUGCAAACACAUCUAUUUUGAUGAUAGAUCUGACCCAUGUUCUACACAAGGUCUGCAUAGGGCUAAUUUAAACCAGCAGGAGGAGGUAUCAUGUGUGAUAGGAUGCUCGUUCUGCCACUUCCCCCAUCCUUGAUGUGAGAAACCCUUCCUGUUUUCUGUAUGCAAAACGAAAAUCUGCAAUGUAAAGCCAUCGAUGUCUGCAUGUUCAUAGCCUCGGUUUCUUGUGACAAAGUCAACUCGCUUGUGUACACAUAACCAG